AGCUCCCCCUCACGGUGACAUGUUCUUCAGCCAGCUGCGUUUCUUUUCUACGUUGAUCGUUGCUAUAAAAAAUACGCACAUAAUUUACUGUUGGAGAUAUUGAAAUGAUCGCUGUGCGAGCUGCGGCUCGGCUGCGUCAGAGGCCCUCAUCCUCAUGGUCGACACUCCCUCGCUGUUCACGGAGACGACAGCACGACUUUGCGAAGAGCAGAUUCUUCAGAGUCUCCGAAGAGGUUCGAGAUGCCGUGGCCACCGGGAAACCAGUUGUAGCUCUUGAAACGACAAUUUAUACCCACGGCUUUCCAUACCCGGAUAAUGUAGCUCUAGCUUCAUCAUUAGAAUCGAUUGUGCGAGCUCAUGGCGGGGUUCCGGCAACCAUUGGGAUUUUGGGUGGUGUUGCACAGGUUGGAAUGAGCGCCGAGCAGUUGAUUGAGCUGGCCUCGACAGCAGCAGAAAAGAGUGCGUUGAAGGCCUCGCGAAGAGAUUUAGGAUAUAUCUGUGGCCUAGGAAUGGCUAGCAAGCCGCUUUACGGCGGGACUACCAUUUCAGGGACAAUGCUGCUCGCUCAUUUGGCUGGUAUUAAGAUCUUCGGCACCGGUGGACUAGGCGGUGUUCAUCGCGGCGGAGAAGUGUCGAUGGAUAUAUCAGCCGACCUCACCGAACUUGGGCGCACUCCAGUUACUGUGAUUAGCUCCGGCUGCAAGAGCUUCCUAGAUCUGCCUCGGACACUCGAGUAUCUUGAGACAGAGGGUGUCUGUGUGGCCACUUUUGCAGACGGCCGUGAAGGGCCUGUGGACUUUCCUGCCUUUUACUCAAGGGAAAGCGGCAUUAAAAGCCCGAAGGUGAUCAAAGAUGAGAAGGAAGCGGCCGCUAUUGUUUACGCACAAUCUAAACUUCCUGUUUCAUCGGGCAUCCAUUUUGCGAAUCCGGUGCCGCUAGAACAUUCAAUCCCGCGAGCUGAGAUGGAUGAUAUCAUCGAGCAAGCUCUUCAUCUUGCCGAUAUUGAGGGAUAUCAUGGGAGCGACAACACUCCAUUUGUUCUGGCGAAAAUCAAGGAGUUGAGCGGCAACAAAAGCGUUGUUGCGAACAGAGCACUUGUUGAGAACAAUGUGAAGCGAGCAACCAAGGUGGCGGUUGAGCUUGCAAAGUUGGAACAACUCGACAGCGAGAUUGAGCGUCGACCGACACCAGCGAUGCCAAUGAUCGCUCCCAAACGAGAAGCGCUAGAAGCUCAACCUCCAAAGACGAAUGAUUUCGUUUCCGAAAAAAUCGAAAAGGUAGACAUCCUGGUCGCUGGGUCGCUCGCUAUUGAUCUUGCCUGUGACUACGCACCUCUGUCAAGGAGAGAAGGAGAUAUCACGCCAGUAUCUCAGACUUCAAAUCCGGCUGUUAUCAGCCAGAGCCUGGGCGGUGUAGGUCACAACGUCGCCCUCGCUUCCAAAUAUGCUGGAAGUUCUGUUCUGUUCUGCAGUGUGGUAGCCGAUGAUUUCAGCGGUCGUGCGGCUCUCUCAGCACUACAGAAGGAGGAACUGUCACCAGUAGGCAUUCAGGUUCUCCCUGACUCUGCCGGUUCACGAACAGCACAGUACAUUGCGGUCAAUGAUGUGAAAAAGGACCUUGUCGUGGCGAUGGCGGAUAUGAGCAUCAUGGAGCUUCCAGAGGAUAAAUUUGACUUCGACGAUUUCUGGGAACCGUUGAUUAGAGACACCAGGCCACAGUUUAUUGUUGUUGACGCAAACUGGAGCCCUGCGGUGAUCUCCAAAUGGACCAGCCUCGCGAAGAAGCAUAACAUUCAAAUUGUUUUUGAGCCCGUCUCAACUGCCAAGUCGUGCAGACUCUUCAGCAAACGCCCUGGGGAUGGCGCAGCAAUCGGAGCGACAAACGUCGUUCCUGAGAACUCGGUCACCAUUGCCGCUCCCAACAAGUUCGAGCUAUCUGCAAUGUAUACAGCAGCGCAGGAGAGUGGGCUUUUCGAAUCCGACGACUGGUGGCGUGUGAUCGAUACCCUGGGCAUGUCCUCUGCCGGUUCUCGGGACCGGCUCGUAGCGAUGACCAACGCUAGUCUGGUGGACGAGGGUGUUCCCCAGCAGAGCAUCCAGCUGCUACCCUAUCUUCCGUGCAUUGUCACGAAGCUUGGCGCCCAGGGCGUUCUUCUUACGCGACUCCUCCGCGCAGGGGAUUCUGCAUUGACUUCCCUCGAGUCGGCUCCUUAUAUCCUCUCUCGUGCUUCAACGGCAGAUGGACUGAUUGGCGGUGUAUACAUGCGACUGUUUCCGCCGGCGGAGGUUUUGGAGGAAGCAGAUAUUGUCAGCGUUAAUGGAGCCGGCGAUACCUUGCUUGGUGUCCUCGUUGCCGGGCUGGCAGGGGGGUCGAACCAGAGGCCCGAGGACUUGAUUCCUGCUGCGCAGCAAGCCAGUGUCUUGACACUGAAGAGCGCGGGGGGUGUCAGCCGCGAUAUAGCUGUGAUAAGCACUAGUAAAUAA